CGCCGGAGAGGUAUGGUCACUCCAUCAGUGCAAAACCGCUUAUCAAAUUAAAAAAAAACCCCCAUCGUACCAAAUCAGUAUAAAAAUCAACCCCCAAACCGGAUAAUCAAAGUAAAACGAAAACACCAUCCCCAGUUGAUCAAAAGUUCAAGUGAUAAUCAAACCAUAAAAAAUGUAAACAGUGACAACGAAGUAAGUGCGGUAAUUAAUCAAGAUUUAAUUGCAAUCAUAAAAGAAAAUCGAAAAUCCCCAGUGAAUAUCGUGUGUGUGAAAAAUGUACAGUUAAACCCCUCGUGCGUCAUCGGUAAUUCUCCAUACGGGGGUGACAACUUUUUAUCUACAAGGUGUUUCUCUCCCGCAGGCAUCAAGUGUGAUCAACAGUUCAAUAAACCGUCGAUACAACAAUUAAGUAAAUAAAGAUGCUGUCUGUGACAUCGAAACUAGUCGCUCUGAUGAUCCUCGUGAUUGCGAGAUACUACGGCGCAGAAGCUAAUUGGUGGUAUUUGGGCCUUGAGCCGGGUAUAGCUGGGACCGAUGGCGUACCAGGCGGUCCCGACGGUGGGCCAAAGAUCGGUGCUGGUGUCAUUGGUCCUGCCAGUGCCGAAAGGAACUGCAAGAGCUCACACUUGACUGUCAAACAGCAGGGGAUAUGUUCACGCUCGCCUUCGAUUCUUCAGGCAAUAAGUGCUGGGGCUAGGCUUGCUAUAGAGGAGUGCCAACACCAGUUCCGCUCUGCCAGAUGGAACUGUUCAAUUUCACCGGAAAAUCCAGAGAAUAUAUUUGGCGGUGUCAUGCUAGUCAACAGUCGUGAAGCUGCUUUUGUGUACGCAAUAUCGGCAGCUGGUGUGGCUUACAGCGUAACCAGAGCGUGUUCCAGGGGCGAACUCACUGACUGCUCUUGUGACAAUCGAGUGAGGACGCGUCAUCCAAAUAAUUGGCAGUGGGGUGGUUGCAGUGAGGAUAUACAUUUUGGGGAGAAACUCUCCAGGGAGUGGUCGGACAGUGCUGAGGAGCCCAUGAAGGAUGGGGUAGUUCAGGGACCUAAAGCCCUUGCUGGACAACUUAUGAGGAAACAUGACAGUGAGGCUGGGAGGAGGGCUGUACGCUCCAGGAUGCAGCGAGUUUGCAAAUGUCAUGGGAUGAGUGGGUCGUGCAGUGUGAGAGUAUGUUGGCGAAAAUUGCCGCUUUUUAGAAUGGCUGGCACAGCCCUGGCAGCCCUUCACGAGGGUGCGGCGAUGGUACGGGUGGCACAGAAAGGCGGAAGACGACAGCCCAGACUCAGGCCGGCUCGGGCUGAUCUCAAACGACCGAAUAAAACCGAUCUCGUGUAUCUCGAAGAUAGUCCUGAUUACUGCGAGCGAAAUCUCACUUUAGGAAUACCAGGCACCAGAGGUCGAAUAUGCAAUCGAACCUCGAUGGGUCUAGACGGGUGUCGACUGCUUUGCUGCGGUCGUGGUUACCAAACUCGAGUGCGCGAUGUCACGGAAAAGUGUAAAUGCAGAUUUGUAUGGUGCUGUAGGGUGCAGUGCGAAUUAUGUCGACACACGCGUGAGGAGCACGUCUGCAAUUGAGUAUUUAUCCUCCUACCCCGAACCACCAGAGGAAUUAAACUUAACUUAAUCUAGAGAUUAAUCUUUCUCUUAAAUCCGACUGCAAGAUGAAAACGAGAAAAUGGAGAAAAAAAUACGAAAAAAAAAAUGAAAUAAACGAGAGAAACGAAAGAGUGAGAGGCAAAACGUCGCUGUGUAACGAGAGAUAUUUAAUUAAUUUCUAAUUACCUAGAUGGGAAAAUUACGCUGAUUACGUACGUACUUAUGGGCGUGAUUUUAAUGUGUCAAUGGUUGUCCUGUUUUUUUUUUAUUUAUCUGUGAAGUAUCGGAGUUUGAUAAGUGAAAAAGAUAAUAUCAAUUCUACCAAUGAAUGUACAUAAACUCCUUUUUUAUUACUUUUUACGGUUAUAAAAAAUAGUAAGCGUGUAUAUAUUUAUGGAGGGAUUUUGUUCUGAAAUGAGAAUGAAAUUCCUCGAAUAGCCCUGUGUCCAAAUAAAUUAAUUGAGUAAAAAAUGUGUCUCAUAGAAAGUGUUCUAUGUGGUGACUAUUCUCUUCUUUACGACGAUAGACGAUAGAUCGUUAACAAUAGAUAGACAUUAGUAUUAAGAAAUUUAGACUAGUGUUCAAUUAUUAUUAAAUGAAAAAAAUACGACGAUAUACAAAGCGCAGUAUUGACAAAUUGUAAUUUAUUUUCCUCACGAUAAUAUAUAUAUUAUAAAUAUUAUAUAUAGCUUUAGCUUUUUCUAAUGUGUCAAAUACUUUCUUAGGUGGUAAUACCAGUAAUUUUUUCGACAUAGCCAUAGGCUGAAACCUGUAUUUUUAGGUUUAAUAUAUUUGUAUAUGUAUGGCCACGUAUAUAUUAAGUGUAUUUAUAAAAACAUAAAUGAAACAGCAUUUGUCCAUGUAACCAUUGAGUAUUUUUUUAAAUUAUAUGUUUAUUUGUGUUUUUUAAUUUGUGGCGUUAUAUUUUUGCUGAGAAUUAUUCGAUUACCUUUUUAUAUGAUCAUUACU